AUGAGUGGGCGUGAUUUCACCGAGAAUGAGUGGGCUCAGUGGCACAGGGAACAGAAGGCUGCAGGGGGCUACAGCGACGAGGAAUGGGCGCGGCAUCGCAGACAGAACAGCAGCAGUUCUGGCAAUCCAGCUCAUGGUCAGGCUAGUACUGGGACAGCCUUGCUGCCGCUACCUGAAGCAUGGAAAGUGAGCUUGCCGCCCCGGAACGGCCCUGCGAAUCAACCACACAAGCCUUCCGAUCUCAGUGGCCUGGUGCUGACCAACGCCGUCUUGAACCAGAGCACGGCAAAUGCGGCGAUCUUCACGGAGAAGUUCAAAACUGAUGACCUGUUUCUGCAGCUGACUAGCCUAGCGAUUGCCCACCUCAGCAGCGACCUGCGGAGUGUACUCGAGGAGGACGUCUUGAGCGUUGCCCUUCAUUUCGAGCUUCUGCUCAUGGCGGGUGACAGAAGCCAAGUGGUCUGGAAGCACCUGGCCAUGAGCUGCCUUGCUGCGGGCAGCGCCCAGCAGCCCAUGGAAAGGAAGGUGGGAGGGCGUAACGGCGAGUGGAUCCUUGGAGGGACCCAGUGGUACCCGUUUGCCUUUUUUCAGAAAGAAGCCCGAAAAUACGGCGACGUCCGACCGAUGUGUAGGCCUACCGUAGGCCUCUGGAAGGUGGGAGGGCGUAACGGCGAGUGGAUCCUUGGAGGGACCCAGUGGUACCCGUUUGCCUUUUUUCAGAAAGAAGCCCGAAAAUACGGCGACGUCCGACCGAUGUGUAGGCCUACCGUAGGCCUCUGGAAGGUGGGAGGGCGUAACGGCGAGUGGAUCCUUGGCCUCCUCAGGCCUACGGGUAGGCCUGAGGCUACCCGUAGGCCGCCCCCGGAGGAGUUUCAAGCAGCAGAGGUGCUGAUGGCGGUAGCGGAGUGCCAGGAAGAUCCUGACUUCGACACCUCCGAGCUUUGGUUCGACGUAGGACUGGGAACCAGCAGCUCCUCCGAGGCCCGCCCCCUUCCGAGCUCCGACCUGCCCUGGCUGCCGGAGCAGUCGACCGCGAGCCUGGAGGAAGAAGGCAAGCUGCUCCAGGAGGCAUUGUCCGAGGAGCUCAAUCGCUUCACCGACGUCAUUGCGCAGGCGCGGAACUCUGCGACAAGGGGGCCCUUGUGGGACCUGCUCAUUGCCGUCACCCAGGGCAAUGUCGAGGCUGUGAAAGCGCUGCUGCCGAAGCAGGAUGCGGUCACAAGCUGUUGGUCUGAAAGGAGCUCCUGGCAGGCCGUCGACAAGUUCGGUUGGACACCCUUCCACUUGGCGGCGGUGAAUGGCGACUGCGCCGUCCUGUCCUGCCUCAAGGAGGACAUGGUGGGCCGGUUGAUGCAUUUCCGGGAAGCGCUGUCUCAGCCCAGCUCGGGCACGGGCCUGCCGCCCUUCGGCGUGGCCUGCUUGGCCGGGCACCUCGAGGCGGCUCGCUCUUUGCUUCAGGGCAUGGCUGCUGUGGACGUCCGAGAUGCCAGGGGGAACACGGUGCUCCACUGGGCGCAGAUUGGCGGCCUGGAGAAGGCCCACGACAUCCCGCAUGUGGGAACAGCCACGGUUGCAGUUCCGGCUUUACCUUAA